GUCACUGCUGAGGUAUAGGGGACCCCGGGCUGGUAGGCCUCUGCUGCUAUCCCGGUGUCCCCGCGCCUCCGCCGCCCGCUGUCCAGUGAGUGAGCGCCGGCCGUGCGGGACCGGCCGGCCGCAGGUUUGGUCUCCGCAGAGGACGCGGGUAAGCUCUUCUACCUGCUUGGCUUCCAGCUUUAACUCUGAGGAGUGUCAUUAACAUAAAACAUCCAGACUACAAGAAAGCAAAGCCCAGAAAGAGGUCAAGAUGGGGUUUAUAUUUUCAAAAUCUAUGAAUGAAAACAUGAAAAACCAACAGGAGUUCAUGCUUAUGAAUGCUCGACUUCAGCUGGAAAGGCAGCUAACAAUGCAGAAUGAAAUGAGGGAAAGACAAAUGGCCAUGCAGAUUGCUUGGUCCCGGGAAUUUCUCAAAUAUUUUGGAACAUUUUUUGGCAUUGCAGCCAUCUCUUUAACAGCUGGAGCACUAAAAAGGAAGAAGCCAGCCUUUCUCUUCCCUAUUGUUCCAUUAGGCUUUGUCCUUACCUACCAGUAUGAUUUGGGCUAUGGAACUCUUCUACAAAGAAUGAAAGGUGAAGCUGAGAACAUACUGGAAACAGAAAAGAGUAAGUUGCAGCUGCCAAAAGGAAUGAUCACUUUUGAAAGCCUUGAAAAAGCCAGAAGAGAACAGAGUAAAUUCUUCAUAGACAAAUGAAAUCAUGUUUACCCACGAAAUAUCAAAACAAAGAAUUGUUGACUUGAAUCAUGGCUUUUACAAUUUUUUAAAUGCUCAAGACUUUGAUAUAAUGGGUUUUAUUUUAAAAAAUUAAAAUGCAAGAUGAGUUUUGUUAAACUAUUUUAAAAUAAAAUUUAUAAGAUUCAACACAAAAUCAUGGAGGUACUCUAAAUAACUCUCAGAUAUCCUACAUGUGUGUGUUACAAAUAUCUAAAUGUAAAAUUAAUAAACUGUAUUGUUUUGAAUUC